GAAUUGAAAAUCUUGAAAGGUGGAAACAUUUUCCGCUUAAGCGAAAAUAUGCCGACGGAGGCGAUUUGCUUCCUUUUCAAAAAAUGGAAUGGCAGUGAACUAACCAUGCAAUUGCAGGAGCUUUAUAAUUUUAUUAUAUGGCUUUGUGAUCACAAUUUUCCGCAUAAUCUAUUUAUGACCCGUGAUCGCAGUCCACUGAAAGAUGAAACUCUGAAAGUGUUUGUGUUUACACGGAAAUAUUUUUGCUAUAUUAAGGAAUUAAAUACUUAUAAUAUUGGGUUUUGCGAAAUGGCUGGAUACGUAACUGUUGGAGAUUUACACUUAUAUGAAAAUCUUACGGAGCGACAGGUGCUUUCAAAAAUUCAAGAUGUAACUGGAAAUGUCUACAAACUAAUUUACGAGUAUUUUGAAAAUUAAAUGAAAUUGAGGUAGUUUCUGCAAUUCACUUCCAAUUGAAUUUCAGCAACAUUCAAUUUGAAUUCAAAGCGACUAGUUAAAAUACACUCGGAAGUAAGUUACAGAACCUGCCCAAAUCUGGCAACCACAACAAUAUUAGAUAAGUAGAAUUUAUCAGGAUAUCCUAAGCGACUUUGGUUAUUCCUCUAACUGUUACCUUUUUACUAUACAGUAAACCAAAGAAAAAGUUGUACAUUUCUUCAAGUGGGGUUAUGCGCUGCAAACGGCAUUGACCUCCACCGGUA